AUGUAGAGCUCCUCGAGGCCCAUACCGAGCUCUGGAACCUCACCUUCAGCUACCUCAAAUCCAUGGCCCUCGAGUGUGCCAUCAACCUCGGCCUCCCCAAUGCCAUCCACCGAUGUGGCGGCGCCGCCACGCUGCCGGACUUGCUCAACAGCAUUGCUGUGCCCGAGAGCAAGAAGGCUCACCUUCCUCGUCUCAUGAGGUUUCUGUCCACCGUAGGUAUCUUUUCCGUUGAUGUACCUGCUGCAGGGGAGCACGGGAAUGGGGAAGCCACGGGCAUAUACGGCCUCACGCCGGUUUCUCGCCUCCUCGUGGAUGAAGUUGGUCCCAACCAGCCCUGCGCGAGCCUCUCGGCGUUUGUGGUUUCGCAGACCACCAAAUACCAUGUGACGGCCGCCACGCACCUAUCGGAGUGGUUCAAGAGCGACGAUGGCGCAGCCGCAGUUGAGAUGCCGUUCAGGAUGGCGCACGGCACGGACUUGUGGGGUGUCAUGGAUCGUGACCAAAACAUGAACCAGGUCUUCAACGACGGCAUGGGGUCUGACACCAAGUUCGCAAUGGACUUCAUCAUCAGUAACUAUGGCGAUCUAUUCGAGGGGAUAACCUCGCUGGUCGACGUCGCUGGCGGGACAGGCUCCGCGGCAAGGGCCAUUGCCAAGGCCUUCCCGCACAUCAAGUGUUCAGUUCUUGACCUUCCCAACGUGAUCCAUACCAUUCCGUCCGACGAUGUUGUCGAGUAUGUCGCAGGUGACAUGAUGCGUUCAAUCCCGCCGACUGAUGUUGUGUUCCUCAAGUAUGUGCUACAUGACUGGAACGACGAGGACUGCGUCAAGAUCUUGACAGAGUGCAAGAAGGCCAUCCCGGAAUCUGGUGGGAAAGUGAUAAUCGUGGAUAUAGUCGUCGGAUCUCAUUCGAAUGCCAUGUUGGAAGCACAAGUCACGUUUGAUCUUUUGAUGAUGGUGAUCACAUCAGGAAAGGAGCGCGACGAGCAUGAGUGGCGCAAGAUAUUCAUGGACGCAGGGUUCAGCCACUACAAGACGAGACCUGUUCUUGGGUUUAUGGCCAUCACCGAGCUGUAUACUUAGCCACAUGCAUGAUUACAACAGAUAUUUGUUGUGAAGUAUGUGCAAGAGCAUGGGCCCCUUAAAGUUCAUCGUAGUUAUUCAAGCCAAAGUAUACUUGUGGACCAAUAAUUUGUUUGUGUGUCUUUGUUGGCGUCGAUAUUACGGUGAUAUAUGCUGCUUGGCUGCGUGGAAUUGUUGAAA